UUAUACCGGGCGCGUAGGCUAAGUCGUACCUGACUCGGCGCGCUUGCCGCCAGUCCGAGCUUGCCCGACCACAACGCGACACAGCGCACGCGACCCGAACACGCACGAACACCGAAUAUCGAACACCGUUCACAAUUCGAACAUUUUCAAACAAUUGGAACGUUACUACUGACAGUUACUUUUUAUUUGUGUGUAUUUGUAAGUGAAACGAAUAUGCAUGUGGUAAUUCCUUUGCUGUUGGUGUGGGCACUCUGCGGAGUCCGUGGUGUGAUAAGAACACCGUUGGAGGCGUUCAGGCCUUCAGGAGAAAUACACUUGAGGAGGCCAGACAAAAUACCGUUCCUGCCGCACAAGAGACUACCAGUACCAUCAAAAAGCGAUCUCAAGAUAUUAUACCAAACUGGGGGUUCCGAGGAAGAUCUCCCAGACUGUCGGCCGCGACAGGUGUGCAGUAAAGUGGACCUCUAUGAUGCGACACAGCCCUGGAUCGAGAGGAAGUGUCGCUGUUUGGGUCAUAGGCCGUGCUCUAGUGACCUCACGGCCGAUGACAAUCACACGUUAUCAGAUAAAACAACGUUGUAUAAGACGUGUGAGCCUGUGAAGCGGUUGCCUAAGUGCAAAUACUUCAAGGAUGCGGCUUGGAUCAUCUAUUCGUUUCCCGACAGCAAUGCAACUCAGCAGAUCGUCAAUUGUCACUGUCCCAAGUUCUCAGUCACGUAUCUAUUGAAAAAGCUGCCGUACACGACACCUAGCGGAGAACAGGGGAACCAAUACCAGUUUGCGUGCUCGCCGCAAAGCAGGCUACGUUGUUCAAGAAAGGAGCCCUGCAAGUUGUUCAGCGCGAGGCGACGACACGAACAAAUCGAUGAAGUGAACGCGAACACAAUAUGCCAGUGUCCACGAGGCCAUACCUGUCCCAGGCAUCAUACGGAGACGGGAGUGCUGGCAGGCAUCACGUACGCGGCCGAGGACAUCCGCACGUACCACGGCUACUGCAUGCCCGAACCUCCUCCCGACGCAUACAGGUUCGUCGGAGACAAAGAUUGAAUCAACAACCAACCCUCAAACGUGUGAUUCAGCCGGAAAUGUACUUAAAACUGUACAUUGAACGCUCCACAGCUUCCAAGAGCACACAACGAAGUUUGCUUUGCUCAUUACCUGUUUAGUACAAAAGUGUUAAGCAUGUUUGGUUUUUAAAAAGAAUGACUAAUUUGUUAAAUAAUUUAAACGGCAGUGAUGUCUAUUUUGGUUUCGGAUACCGAUACCAAGCUUGUUCGUACGCUAGUCCAUGUGACACGAUCAAAUUAACGAACAAAUAUUAAGCUUUUAAUUAUAAUGUACAAUAAUACAAUGGUCUCAUGUAGGAUGAUUCGCUAAAUAUAAUUAUUAAUGACCAUAUUUUAAAUUUUAACCGUUAACUAAGAAGGUCUAGAAUUGAAUGAAUAAUAUGAUUAGCGAAUUGUCAUGCAAGCGGCCAUUGGUGAUACAGAUGCUGUAAAUAUUUUAUUUAAGUACUUUGUAUUACGCACUGUUUCUGUUAUAAUCGUGUAAAUAAUAUUAGAUUAAGUCGAAUCAUUCCAAACGUUUAGUUUAAAUUAUUAUUUUUCAUAUUUUAAUUAUUUACUUGCCAUACUUACGUAGUUUGUUGCGUUUGUUCCGAGUCUUCCAUUCCAGUCAAGAAGACAACGUUAUGUUCAUUGUUUUGUUUAUGUUAACAAAUUGUAUGAUAAUAUUUUUUGUUAUACGAAAACGAGUUAUUUGAUAGCCAUAUCUUAAGGUUGUAAGUUUAAAAUAACAUGUUUAAGUAUCUAGAAUCGACUGAUACCAGUUGCGUUGCGAAUGCACAUCACUAUAAAGAGUGACGUUUGAUAAUUUUGGCUGAAUCUGUGUAUAGUUUUAAUAAAGCAUCUUUGGAUAUAAAUACCAGUGUAAAAUUGUUCUAACAAUAUUGGCGAUAGUUUUCUCUAACUAGAGUUCUUGUGUAGGAAAGUUCUAGAAGUUUUAAUAACGCUGUAUCUAUGUAAAUAUGAUUGAAUGUUGGUGUUUGUAUAUGAUACCUGCGAUGUGGUAUGUCUUCCUUUAUUUGUUUUAUUAUGUAUAGGUAUACAAUAAGUUAAAUUAUUGAAAGAGAAUGAAUAAAUGUUUCGAUAUCAAUUU